CCGCUUCAUAUCUCCGGCAUGCUUACCGAUCAUGGAGUCCCUUGUCUAUGAGAACUCGCCUUUGGCUGAAUAUCUCCAAGGGGAGGGCGAGCACGAUCCAAACUGGCCGGCUCAGGAGACCGAGCACAGCGAUGAUUUCUCCGAUUCCACCGCGGCGGAUUUUGCCCCACGAGGGGCUUCAAAGUUCCAGGAGCGCAUCCGGAAUAAGCUCCCCAAACCACUUGAUCAGAAGGCCUUGCGACAGAGGGCGAGUCUGGGUAAACUGUAUGAUGCCUGCACGUCCGCCUUGAAUUCGCGCGUCGGACGAAGCGAUAACGAGCGGUUCCUAGAACAAUUUGGCUAUGUUAUUGUCGCGUCUCAGUUGUUGAACGAGCACAGUGCGCCCUCGUAUGCGUCUGCCACGGAUGUACUCUCUGCUGCGCGGCCUGCCGAUCUGCCCUCGAUUUCCGCGACUUUCGGCGUUCAAGGAGCAAUCGUGACUGCCUCGACAUCGUUCUCUAUCGCUUGGUUAUUGCACUGGGGCCGGUCGAAGACAAUAUCGGGGCUAAACCCACGGAAGGUCGGGGUUUUGCUAGUCUUGGUCCCUGUGAUUGGAGUUUUGUUCUACGCCUUCGCAAAGCGGCAGUGGUUGAAAUACCUGCGUCACCAAGCUGUUGAUGCAGCUGCGACGUUCAUAGGCAAUGCUCAGGGAUUCGACUCUGCUGCCUCGGCAUCAGUUGUGUUUAUUCAGGAAGUCGAGCUGGUCUCGAGAGGCUACCGCAUAAGCACACCUCUGCCACCAAUCAGCAGACUCGAAGACCAGACGCAAACGCGACGAUGCUUGAGACUGCGCCGCACUGUCUCUGAAUCCUUCUACCUCAUGCUCGGUCGAUACCUUCAGGCACAACAAAUUUUGCAGCCUCUAACCGAUGAAGCAAACCUGGCCAAAUACUACGAUAUCUAUGACGUAUCCGAAGAAGAGCUUGUGGAGGCACAGGGAUCAUACCGCGACCGAGCGACCGAGGAUCAGUAUUCUCUGCGUGCGCUGCGAACACUGUUUGGAAGACUCUACACGGUGAGAAAGAGCAUCUUCUGUUGCCUCCUCGCUCUAGGAGCCGAUGGGGGAGGCUCCGAUAUCGCGAGAUGGACUACUGCCGUCGAACAGAUGCGGGAACUGGCCAGCGUGACUGGGGAGAACACUCACAAGAUGACCAGCAUUCUGAAUGAAGAGGACGCUGAUGCUAUUCCUCCUUCUCCCCUACCAACUGCCUCACUUAACAAAGACAACCUUCGUGCACAGUAUCGUCGGAUCAACUCUCUUUCACAGGGCAUUCGGGCACUGCACGCGAAAAUGCAUAUUCUUAGAGAAGCCUCCAGCGCAAAUCUUGAACGUCCAGCUUCAAGCGAGUUUGAAGCAACUCUGGUGCCCCAAUAUGAAUCUAUCGGUGCAGACAUCAAGGCUCUGCUACAGGAAUGGGAAGCGGGCAAGUCUGCCGUGGCAAAUGCACUAGAUAGACAACCCAACAUGGAAUAUUCCCGGCCUACGAGUGGUAUCAAGAUUCCCUUGUCCCCCACACCUAGCCUUGGGGGCUCCACGGCUGUAGAAGGCAGCCCGGCAGAUGCGCUCCGAGCUUUGAAUGGAGAAAGACCCGACUCUUUGAUCAUGCACAAUGCAGAUGAGGCAGAGGAGAUUUUCGAAGCCAUUGCUCUCCCGCCUCGAAACAAAAGGGCAUCGAUGACUCGGGAAGAACGCAUCGCCCGUGUCAAAGAAGACCGGGCACGGCAAGCCGCUCUUCGGGAGCGUGCUGAUGCAAACACCAACAUGCUCAAGGAGCUCGAGAUGGUCAUCAAGCAAAGACCGCGCACCAUCCAAUUUCCCUUCAAUUUAAGACACACUCAACAAACCAUCGACUCUUCCUCUAACCUUCCUACCGUCAAUCUCCCCUCAAUUCAUCUUAAACCCCCACCACACCACACACACACACACAUCAAGAUGUUGGAAGCUCGCCUCGAACAAGCUAGCCUUCUCAAGCGCGUCGUCGACGCCAUCAAGGAUCUCGUGCAGGACUGCAACUUCGAUUGCAAUGACUCCGGAAUCUCCCUACAAGCCAUGGACAACUCCCACGUUGCCCUUGUGUCUAUGUUGCUGAAGGCCGAGGGGUUUUCUCCUUACCGCUGCGACCGUAACAUCGCCCUCGGCAUCAACCUGGUUUCUCUGACCAAGGUUCUGCGCGCUGCCCAGAACGAAGAUAUCCUUACCCUCAAGGCUGAAGACUCCCCUGAUGCCGUCAACCUGAUGUUCGAGAGUGCCGAGACCGACAGACUAAGCGAGUACGAUAUCAAGUUGAUGGACAUUGACCAAGAACACCUGGCCAUUCCCGAGACAGAGUACGCUGCUACGGUUGAGAUGCCGGCAGCCGAGUUCCAGCGCAUCUGCAGAGACUUGAUGGCUCUUUCCGAGUCUGUCGUUAUCGAGGCCACGAAGGAGGGUGUCAAGUUCUCCUGCCAGGGUGACAUUGGCAGCGGCUCCGUCACCGUCCGUCAACACAGCAACGUUGACAAGCCCGAGCAGAACGUCUCCAUUGCCCUCAGCGAGCCCGUCGCCCUCACCUUCUCCCUCAAGUAUCUCGUCAACUUCUGCAAGGCCACCAACCUGUCCAACAAGGUGACUCUGUGCUUGUCGCAGGAGGUACCCCUCCUGGUCGAGUAUGGUCUCGGAAGCGGCCAUCUUCGAUUCUACCUUGCUCCUAAGAUCGGUGAUGAGGAAUAGACGAAUGAUUGCGGAGCGCAACGAAUACCAUGAUGAUAAAAGAGGGUGCAACGGGGAGGCCACGAUUUCCAUUUCCUUUUCGAUUUUAUUGACACAUUGCAUCGCCAGAAAAUAUCCCUCGAGUGUGUGCACGGGGGCCAAGGUUUACUUCUUCGGUUAUAAUAUCCUGUUAGAUAUCAAGCGUUUCAAUUGUUCCAAAUUCAAUUGGUUUAUAAGCAGAUUGAUAUUUUGAGUUGAGGUUGAUCAUUAGCGCCUCCUGGGCUUCUAAAUU